GGGCACCUUAGCUGUAAACAGAGGCUGCACAGGAACAUCAGCGAGCAUCAGCAGUCUUUCGGGAUUGUUUCGGGCCUUGAAUUUGAUAGCAGGCAUGUCCGCAGAGACAACAUCAGGCGUGCGAGGGACACCCAUACCGGCUUGGUCCUUACCAAUGACGACGCCAGCAGCCAGCGGCGUCUCCGAGUCUUCGCAUCCCCCACGAAUUCAGAAACAUCAUCUUCAACAACACGCAGCAGCCAUCGCACUCGAUGCUAUCAGCAGACAGCAGUAUCCUGUUCAGAAUAUGUAUGGCCAAGGCGAUGGCGCUCUCAUUCCCACAGAUGGCCCUGCCACUGAACCGGAUGGUCCCCGCACCUACACCUACAUCGCAGCUCCCAACUCUGUCGCCUUUACCGUUCAGUCAACAACUACCGUGCCUCAAGACACUGCCAACAUGUCUGUCGCUCCGUCUGAGGACGCUCAUUCCCCCGAACAGCCUGACAAGGAUUCAGAGAUGCCGUCGUCCCGUCCGGGUCGCUCCUCGCAGAGCCCUGAAGCAAGCCCAAGCCAGGGUGGCGUCGGUGCCAAUCAUUAUCCAUCUGCCAGCGGCGUGCCCCGCCUUCCACCUAUUCUUCAAGUUGAGAAGCAGCAGGUCACAACUUCCGCUACUCAGCUUGCCAGUGCGAACAGACGCAGAAACGAGGCCCAUUUUCAAUGUCCGGUACCGGGUUGUGGUAGUACUUUCACUCGUCGCUUCAACCUCAGAGGCCAUCUAAGGUCUCAUACCGAAGAGAGGCCAUAUGUAUGCCAAUGGCCCGGCUGCCAGAAGGGUUUUGCCCGCCAACAUGACUGCAAACGUCAUCAGGCACUCCAUACUGCCAAGGCACAAGCGAAUGUUUGUCAAGGUUGUAAGAAGACUUUCAGCAGGUUGGACGCGUUGAAUUACGCUCCGAUGGCGGCGCAGAAUGUAGACGAAUACAUGAUGCCAAACGGGCCAGCAAUGAAGGAGCAAUGGUAG